AUGUUCUCGUCGUCUGCAGCGUUUGUUUUACAACCACCAUCAGUAUGCGCACGAAGACGGCUGAAUACGAAUACUACUCACGGAAGACGAUGCGUUGCAAAGCGUCUCGUAAAAAGGGGAUGCGAUGCGUCGAAAACGUCGUCGUUUACGUCCUCGUCGACGCGCAUCGAGGACGAGGGCAACGACGAGAGCAAAAACAAUGUCGCAAUUAAUGGUGUUGUUUCCUCCUUCGCGAUAUCGCUCGCGCUUUUAAGUGUUCUUUCAACGCCUUCAUCAUCUUUUGCGUUCGAUUCGAAAACCUCCCAGUCGCUCUCCGAUACCGCGAAAGAGUACAAAGUCGAGUUGACAUCCUCCGAGAAGGUCUCCGGUUCCGUGAAAAUCACAUCGAAACUAAACCGAAGUUUACAAGAAACGGUGACGUUUGAUUUUUCCUCCGUCGAUGGGUUAGCGCCGAACACCAAGCACGGCGUGAACAUUCACGACGAUAACGGCAAGAGUUGGAAUCCAGAGUUGCGCCCGCACGGCGCUCCGGACUCGGUGAAGAAAUUCGGGGCGAGCGCGUGUCAUUUCGUCGGCGACGGGUGCGUGUUGAAUCGACACUACGGAGAUUUAGGGAACAUUUCCGUCGAUAACGAAGGGAAGAUUGCAAACGUGAAGGAUAUUUACGUCAGUUUGAACGAGAAGAAGGAUAACUUUAUAGGCGGGAAGGAGUUUGUGAUUCGCGAGAAUAGGGAUGAUUUUACGACGGAAAGAGACGACGGAGACGCCGGGAAAAUCAUCGCGAAAGGUGAAAUCGUCGCGGUAAACUAA